GUCCGCUGUCUCUUUUCCCUGACGACUCGACGACUACUUGCAGCUGCCUCGCGACCGCCCUCUACACACACCACCCCUUCUACGCAACAUCCCUUCGACCAUGUGGCCGUGUUGAGGUAUGCCCCGGACGUGUUGCGGGCACAGCAUGCCCUCUUCGCACCAUCGCAGUGUAGUCCUCACAAGCCACGCGAGCAUACGACGGCGUCAACAACGUGUCGCUUGACACGCUCCCAAGACAAAGAGGCCGACAGGAAAAGGACAGCAUGGAACGCACAUCGUAUGGCCGUCCGGGCGAGCGCCUACCAGGACAACAUCCGCCGACGACGUCGUCUUCGAGUCACCCAUCGCCGUACAUGCCGUCGACCGCUCAACCUCCAAUGCAAAUCCCAUACUCCGACCCUUUUCACGCGAAUAGGGAUCCGUUCAUGCCUGGUGGAGACCGACGAGGCAGUGCAGGACUGUCGUCAAGAGCAUGGCAGUUGACGCAAGGUAAUACUUCGCAACAGCACUCACCGCUCGAUCACGCACCUCCGCCGCCCCCUCCACCGAGCCAGUCGGCGCACCCCGCCCCUCUGAGUGCCAUGCCGAUGCCACCGCCCUACGAUCAAUCGCGAAGACGGUCAUUGGGCAAUGCGGGGAGCCCGCAGUAUGGAGCGCCGCUGGAAUCGUUACCACCGCCUCCAUCAUACCCAACCCGAGCGAUGCCACCACCUUCCUCGCCGCAAAACGCCCCUUCGUCUCAUCUAACUUCUGCGCCUCGAGGGCCUCCAACUGCGUCACCAUUCACUGGUAUUCGCGACCUAUCGAGCUCACAUCAUCGCCCUGGAAUGUCUAUAUCGGCCAUUCUAGGUGGUAGCGACGAGCACAAGCCGCCCGGUUCGCCCCAUGGCUCUGCAAAUGGCCCAUCUUCGACCCCUCGGCCAAUGCAACCCCCAUCGCCAGGAAGGGCCAGGUCGUCGAGCAUGCGCGAAAGUGGCGAUCGCGGAAUGAGGCGACACAGCCCGCUGAGAACAUUUGGAGAACCUGCACGCAUGGGAUCAGAGCCACGAAGAGACGGUAUUUUUGGCUCUCCACAAUUCCGACGCGAGCCGGCGCAUGGGUUUAGGGCCUUUCCUCCUCAUGCGCAGGAGCCUACACAACAUUUAAAUGGACAUGGCGCGCCUGCAAGGCCGAGCAGUCAGCCAGCUGAAGCGGAUCGUUUACGUGGGUUGGAGGAGGCAGCACAUCGUGAAAGCAUGCUUGGAGGCAGGGCCACGAGUUUUCGACCUCUGGGCGAUCCACAGCCCCCUGCACGCAGCGAGCCACCAUUUCGGCCGGAGCGACAACCUUACCACAAUGGUGUGACCUCGCAUCCACAGGAGCGAUCAAUAUUCAACAGCCCGCAAACAGAGCGCGACAGAGGCGCACCUGCUCCACCACGGUAUACGCCGUCCGCAGGAGGACCUUUUGGAGGUCCGCCAAGGGAAGACGCAGCUCCCUUGUUUCGACCAGCAUAUCCGCCUACAUCGCACCCAAUAGUGGAGCCUUUGAGGGAAUCCAUUGAAGGGCGGGCGCAAGAGAUGCGACGGCAAUUUUCACGGCCAUCACCACCUCCAGGAGACUUCCAGGGAUAUGACAGACCACGGAACGGAUUCACGGAACGACCCAUGACACUUGAAGAGCAUCAGAGAAUGGAGGCUUUACAACGGGAGCAGCACCGCAAGGAAAGCGAGGGCUCUCUUCGCAAAGGCAUUCUCAAUAUUAGUCCAGAGUUGGAUCGGAGAGGACGUAACUCGCCACUCCCGCAAGCUGUCCAGGGCGCACAGCCUAGACACGUGGGUCCCGGCGGUGACAAUCCGGGGAUUAAGAUGGAGUUUGGCCGCAUGUUCUCCGGGCUGGGAUCUGGUGUCGGCAGUACACCUCACCCCGGACACCCUGCCAAUGGAGCCAGCACACCCACACGCAUGAGUCCCGCCGCUCGAAUGUUGGAAGGGGGCGAUCUCAGGCGGAGUGCAGAAGUGGAUGUUCACAAGGGCCGAGGCAAGGCCGGUUCUAGGUUGGGUCGUCGCAACAAUGGUCGAAGAUCGAGAGACGAACUCGAAGAAGCUGAAGGCAGGAACACGCCCGACGCUCAGCGCGGAAACAAAAAGCCGAAGACCGCCGCUCAGAAUCAUCACCACCAUCAUCACGUUCACCCACACCACCAUCAUUACCAUCAUCACGAAAACGCGGAGGCUAGUAAUGGUUCCCAUGCUGUCCGGCAUCCAUCAAACCCACUUCCGCACGUGAAUCCGAUGGCUAACCAAGCGCAUCAUCACCACCACCACCACGCACAUCCCGUAGGCCACCAUCACCACCACCCACCUAAAGCGAUGCCGAUGCCGCGGAAACCAACAUUGACUGUUGACAACAAAAAAGUGCUUGACGAGGCUGCGACCAAGCCACGCAAGCAUCUUGGAUCGCAUCUGUACACGACCGAGCUAUCUACUCCGCCUGCCGCGGAUACUCCAGCCGAUGCCAAGAUUAAAUACAGUAGCAAGAUGAAGCCAAUACCGGUGUUCACGGGUCACGAAAAUUCCACUUAUACUGUUCGUGUUCCACGGUACUAUCUGAAUUCCGUGGAAGGCGAGUCGAACGGUAAUCAUAGUCUGGAAGAAAUCUGCAAACGGCGGCAACUCUGGGGGACCGAGAUCUACACGGACGAUUCGGACGUUGUUGCAGCAGUGGUGCACUCCGGCUGGCUGAAAGGUGAUUGGGGUGAACUCAAUGACGAUAUACGAGAGCUUUUCGAUGAGACCUCAGGACAGACCAACGUAGACGGAAUGCCUUUGUCACUGGUGGAACGACCUCCCAAACCGGUCAAGGUCCCAGAUGGUCACGAUGCUCAUAUCACUGUACUCAUUCUUCCUCCGCUCGACUCGUAUGCUGCCACGACUCAACAUCAUUUGGCAUCACGAGAGUGGAAGAAGAAGCACGAUGGUAUGUCAUAUAUGAUACACAGCAUAGAAUUUGUGGACGAAGGGCCAGCAAAUCGCUUCGUAGAUCGCAGCGGGGCUGCGAGGAAGAAGAGAAUCGCCAUGGAAGAGGCUGCACGGAGGGAAGCUGCUGCUGGCCUUCUACUAUUUGCCAGUGGCGGGUCAGGUACCGUGCGAGUCGGCGCAUAGGAUUCGCAUGGAGCGAUGCGAUAAGUGAAGAGUGGCAUUGUCUAGACAGGAAGAGGAGUUGCCAACGCCUCUGCAGCAGCCGUGAAGAUGCGCGCACGCAAACUUAGCACUCUCCCUCGCGGAUGUGGCAGUGCUCACGCGCAACUGUGACGAAUUGGUCCAAGGAGAAUACUGCUCAGGACGCUUUCAUGCAGCGGAUCAAAGUACAAGCUCCGCUGCUUACGGGACGAAAGACAGUUCAGUGGACAGCAUAGAGUGAAAAGGGACGAGAAGCUCCGCAAGAGAGGAAUGACGGCCAACGACUGAUGCCGUGGCAUUCCUCCAUGACCAGCAUGACGGCAAGCAUGUGUUGUAGAAGAUAUAUUAUUAUGAUAAUGAAGAUCGGAUUGUACAGACUGCUGGUCGUCACUUAGCUGCUCACCUGUCUGCGUCUUGUCAAUGACUAAUCCCGC